UUGUAAUCAAGCCGUAAACGAGAGAAAUAUUAUUAGAAACGUGCAACAAAUAUGGGCGGCCAGGGCAAAGUGAUAAAUCGUAAGCGUAAAUUUGUGGGUCGCAAGGCUGACGAUCCGGAAUUCGAUUUGGACAAGAAGCAUUUUAAAGUAUUGCAUAUAAAUGCGGCCGAAAAGCGAUUGAUAAUUGUGCUCGAGGGUGCACAGCUGGAAACUGUAAAGGUGCACAACACAUUUGAGCUGCUAAACUGUGACGAUCAUGCGGGCAUUAUGCGGAAGAACCAACGCGAUCCCGGAUCUUGUCGUCCGGACAUCACACAUCAAUGCCUGCUGAUGCUCUUCGACUCGCCCCUCAAUCGCGCCGGACUGCUGCAGGUGUUUGUGCGCACCGAGCACAAUGUGCUCAUUGAGAUAAAUCCACAGACGCGCAUUCCGCGCACUUUCAAGCGUUUCGCCGGACUCAUGGUGCAAUUGCUGCACAAGUUUCAAAUACGCGCCAAUGACACCUCGCGACGACUGAUGAGCGUUAUCAAGAAUCCCAUCACAGAUCAUUUGCCGGUUGGCUGCAAAAAGUAUGCCAUGUCCUUUUCGGGCAAACUGGUCACCAAUUGCCGCGAACUGGUGCCACACGGUGAUGAAGGCAGCAAAUCGUACGACGAGCCCGUCGUAAUGGUCAUUGGCGCCUUUGCUCACGGCGUCCUUAAGACGGACUACACAGAGGAGCUAUUCUCCAUUAGCAAUUAUCCGCUGUCGGCGGCCAUUGCCUGCUCCAAGCUUUGCACCGCAUUCGAGGAGGUCUGGGGAGUGGUUUAACUGUCCUUCAUCUUAACCUAUCACUAUCCCAUAUUAGAGUUUUAAGCACAUAUAGCACAUAUAGUUUGUAUUUGUUUUUGACUAGAUUAUACCUACAUAUAUGUACAUACAUAAAUAUAAAACAAGAAUUGAAUGAAAUACUCUCGUAUUACACUUAAACGGCACACUUUAUUGCGACAGCAUCUACAACUGUCUCAGACUAUACAGACGAGUAUAAAAGAAAGAUCGGCUAAAACU